CGUUGUUAACGGAAAUUAGAUUUUGCCACGUAUUGUAAAUCUAAGUACGUUGAACUUGAUGACAACUGGAUUUGUUUUGAUGGCAUAUAAUUUAGUAACACGUGAGACAAAGCGGUAAGAAGGACGUGAUGUGAGAGGAUGUGAGCGAGACUCAGCCGCGGCUGGAAAGAUACAGAUUUGUAAAGUUAGCAAGCGUGAGUAGGACUACUACCGGAAGUGCUACGGUUUGCGCUAUAAAGCAAAUUUCUGCGUGACAGCGUGAUAGUGUAGGAAUAAGAAUAAUAUGGUUUCGAUUUGGGAGAUAUGGCGCCAUUUCUACUAUUACUAGCAAGUUUAGUCCGACUUUUAACCUGUCUGUAUAAACGGACGAGUGCGCGUGGCGGUUUUAUUGUGAAAUUUCACACCGGAAAACCAGAGUUUUCUCCACGCUAGCUUAACAGAAGGCUGGAAAGCGACCAGAUGGAAUUCUGCACUGCCUUCUUAUCAGAUUCCCCACAUUUUAAAUUGUAUCGCACACAUUUUUAGAGGACUUUCCUGUCAACAAACAACCCUGGCGUGAUCACUAAAGCCUGUCUGGGAGUCUCGGCUGCGCUGUGAACCGGGACAGAAGCGGUGAAGACAUUUAAAGAUACCCUACCAAACAUCUUCCCACUGUCCCAAGGUGAGUUUGUUUCCGUCAUGCCACUGUUUGGUAAAUCCCACAAGAGUCCGGCGGACAUCGUCAGGACCCUGAAGGAAAACCUGGCCAUCCUGGUCAAACAGGAUAAGAAGACAGACAAGGCGUCUGAGGAGGUGUCGAAGUGCUUGGUAUCCAUGAAGGAGAUUCUGUACGGGAGCAACGACAAGGAGCCUCACACUGAGACUGUGGCCCAGCUGGCCCAGGAGCUGUACAACAGCGGCCUGCUGUCGCAGCUGGUGGAAAACCUGCAGGUCAUAGACUUUGAGGGGAAGAAGGAUGUGUGUCAGAUCUUCAACAACAUCUUGAGGAGGCAGAUUGGGACGAGGAGCCCCACUGUCGAAUACUUCUGUUCCCACCAAGAGGUCCUCUUUAUACUGCUGAAAGGGUACGAGACACCCCAGGUAGCGCUGAAUUGCGGGAUCAUGCUGAGGGAGUGCAUCCGCCAUGAGCCGCUCGCCAAGAUAGUCCUUCUCUCCGACCAUUUCCACAGUUUCUUCAACUACGUGGAGAUGUCCACCUUCGACAUCGCCUCGGAUGCCUUCGCCACCUUCAAGGAUCUCCUGACAAGACACAAAGUCCUUGUGGCUGAAUACCUCGAACAGAACUACGAUGCUGUGUUUGCAGACUAUGAGAAGCUGCUGCACUCUGAGAACUACGUCACCAAGAGGCAGUCUCUAAAGCUUCUGGGCGAGCUGCUAUUGGACCGACAUAACUUCACGGUGAUGACGCGCUACAUCAGCAAGCCCGAGAACCUCAAGCUGAUGAUGAAUCUACUGAGAGACAAGAGUCCCAACAUCCAGUUUGAGGCCUUCCAUGUCUUUAAGGUGUUUGUAGCUAACCCCAACAAGACGCAGCCCAUCAUCGACAUCCUGCUCAAGAACCAGACCAAACUAAUCGACUUCCUGAGCAACUUCCAGAAGGAUCGUGCGGACGACGAGCAGUUCAACGACGAGAAGACGUACCUAAUCAAACAGAUCAGGGAUCUGAAGAAACCGGCCUCCUAGAGAAGCAUCUCUCCCUUCCCUCUACCCCGACUUUUUAUCAAUAGGAAGACAUAGAAAAAAAACACAUUAACAAUAAUGGUUAUUCUAUUUAAAAAAAAUCUUCAAGACGUUAUUUGUCUUUUUUCUCUUUGUUGGUCCAUUAAAAACUUGUGCAAGAGUAGUUCUCAAUCACUGAUCUUUUGUAAAUUUUUUCAUGAGAUCUUUUUUUUUCAUCUGUAGCAUGUAGUGCCACAACUCCUGGUGUUGGAGGCAGCUGAUUUUGCUUUGUUGGGAGAACCAGCGGUUAAAAAAGCUUUGGCCAAAAUGGUCGAGUGGCUGUCGAACAAACAGACCAGAGAUUUUUGUUUUCACCAGUUGCUGCACUCAAGUUAAUUUCUAACUGUUUAAAUGAAGUAGCUGCAAAUCAGAAAAACAAUGAAGAAUUUCUGCUUCUUUUUCUUUUCUUUUUUUUUCUGGGUCAACGUGUCUGGUCAGGAUUUACUUUAGAGUGAGAACAUCUUAAGUGUGAAUCACAUUCUCAGUCAUUGCUAAAAGCUUCGCUAACCAAAUGCCAUACCAACAGCAAUGCUACCUAAUGCUACCAAAUAUCUUAGUUAUUGUACUGCCCAAUCCAAUGAUUGCUGAGGAUUUCUCCUUAUGAAACUAAAAAGCAUCAUCAGACUUUAGUACAGUCCUGAAAUGCCAACGCAGCUUCAUGGUUUUACACAUUAAAGUUCUCUGAAGUUGGAAAGAUGCGGUACAAUAUAUAAAGGCUGAUAUAGUGAGGAAAACUGCUUUGAACUGGUCAUAAUUUGAUUUUCUCCAUGUUGUCCCGCAGUUUAAAAGACUUAAUCCGAGCUAGUGAUGCUAGUGUGAUACUAACUCUUUUCAGUCAAAUAUAAUGGUAUAAAUUUUCAUGUGUUUCCAGCUUUAGACGCAUCCACCUGUGCUGAUCUAAUUAACUCCAGUAAGCUUUAGUAAGACUGAGAAUAGAGGUGUUAAAGACAAUUGGUUUCAGUCACUGUUGACCAAAGCUUGCCAACAAAAAUAGUAAUUGUGAGCCUAUUUUAAGAACCUUUUGAAAUGAAGAGCCUUUUCAAUUGAAUCGUGACAUUGGGCUGCUAUCGGUACAGUAAGCUUCAAUCAUUUUGAUCACUGGUUCUCUUUGCUGGUGGCUGAUAGCACUUUCUGUAUGAUAAAAAAAUAUGAUGAUGAUUCAAAUGUUUUUUUCUUAAGCUGAUCACUGUUUUCACACUGCUUGAUGGUGAUUUUUUUUUUUAAAUAUAUAGUUUCAUUUCUUGUCAUGUACAGUUUAUGGUUUGUAUACCUGAAGUGAGUGCCAUUGCGAGUGAGAGAACACUGAACAUUAAACAGGAGGCACUUUGCUGUGUGGAUGGAGAGGAGAGCGGCUGUAAAGAUGGCUGUUUGUGUCUCUGUUUCACUCCUUUUUCUUUCUGUGCUGUCACAAGUGUUUUCGCUCUGAUUUGGAUCUGAUGUUGGUGUUAGGAAGGAAAAAGAUGAGAAGAUUCAGAGGUGCCUUUUUGGUUUGGUGUGUUUUCCCUUCUUUUCUCUUACCAAUUUUUUGUAUUUUCAGUAUCUUUCUAGGGGGAGCUUAAUUAUGUUGAUGAAAAUAUGCUCUGGAUAGAACAUAUUUGUUGUGAUUAAGCAGUGAACCUCUUAACUCACUAUAUUUGAGUUACGCUGUUAAACAUUUUAAACUUUUUGCAGCUGAAUGGUUGCUGGAGUCUCUCUGAGUUUGUCGCAGAGGCAGCACUAAUUCAGUAUGUGAAUUAAAAGCUGCGUUGGCCACAAACUCACCGGGAAACUUGCCGCAGAGUGAGGCCAAAGGUGAUCUGUAACAGGAUUCAAUGGUGAAAUGAAACUGUGAAAAAUCCACAUGUAGUUAAAGGACCAUAAAAUGUGCAAAAUCAGUGAGGAGAAGACACUACUUUUAAAGCAGUGUUGGUUUUAUAUUUGUCCUAGAAAUGAAAAAUGACCACACUGGCAGUAAAGUCAGUAAAAUUUGGAUUUUAUUUCCUAAUUGAUUUUUGAUGUGCAUCCAUCAGGUUACUUUGAGCUUCCAUUGAAGUUUUUAAACAAGUAUGUUUAACAAACUCAUGAUGAAUAAAGAAAUCUUUCACAGCAGUUUCAAAUUAUAUUUCAAACUCAAACUGUUUAGCCAUCUGAUGUUAAAUACAGUGACUCAAACAGAAAUAAAGACAGUAGUGGAAUUCAGUAGGGUGACUAACAAUCAUAAAACUAUAAAGUGCCAUUUUGCUUUUUUUUCAUCUGGCAUUAAAAAUGUUUUUUUUUUUUCUUGGGUAAAAAAAAAUAAAAACAAUACCAGCUAUUUUGGAUGUUAAAAACUGUGACAAUAUUUAUACUAUAUCAAAUAUAGACCAACCAGCUUUACAUCAGACUUUGUCACUUGAGCCAAACUCAACUAUUUCUUUGUUUCGAUACAAUGAGCAACUAUGGUCAAUCAAAACUCCACAUUAUCUUCUCAGUGCCCUCUCUGAAAGCAGCCACUUUAGUUUCCACAUUGAUGCUACUGUACCACAUUUACAGCAAAUAAAGGAUGAGAAUGCA